AUCCUUCAGCCUGUGGUCGUCCUGUUACACGUUUGUGAUUAUCUCAUCACACUACACUAUCACAAUGGCACACUAUAUUGACGGAAAAGAUUGCAUGAUCUCGGAAUGGAUCCUAUUGAUCUUCGCGUACCUGUUCGUCGCGGCGCGUAUCUAUACGCGAUUGUUUCGUCUUCGCACAAAGUUGGACUGGUCAGACUAUCUGCUGCUCGCAUCGGCUGUGAAUGCAUUGGGCCUGAUCAUUUGCGACACCCUUACAUAUCAGAUGGGCGUCAUGGACGAGUAUGAGACUUCAGUGAAGCUGUCAAAGAUCUCAUUCGCCUCUAACUACUUCUACGAUGUGGGCAUGGGCUUUCCCAAACUUAGCAUGCUAGCCUUCUACUGGGCCUUCUUCAACCUCUCCGGUCACCCAACCCUGCGCAAGAUGCUCUUCGCUUUUACUGGCUUUGUUGUCGCUUGCUAUCUGACAAUUCUGUUCGAUGACACGUUCUUCUGCGGCACACCAGUCUCUGAGCAAUGGUCUCAAGAAGAUGGUGCAUGCUCAGUAUUCUAUGCGCCUGAGCCCUUCAUCCUGAACUUUACGCUCAACCUGGCCUGCUACUUGGUCGUUUAUGCUAUCCCUGUAAUGCUUUUGGUCAAGGGUGUACUGAGAUCUUCCACGGGUGUUGCGCUCACAUUCGGGCUCGGAGCCUUGACUAUUGCGUCGGGCAUCGUGCGCUUUGUUUGCCUCAAGGUGGGCACUGGGCAGGAGAACCUCGUUUAUCCUCUUAGCAUGGUUGAGAUGACACUCUCCAUCAUCGUCAUUUCGUUGCCUGGGCUUAAGCCGCUCGUGAAGCGAGAUGUGAAGGUCUAGGGUUUCUUAGCAAACAGUACCUGACUGAGAAUGGCGCCCACUGGGAAAAAUAGACUUUUUUGCAGCAUUGAAAUACAUCCACUUGGGCUCUCCAA